AGCAAGAUUAUCUUUAAGUGAUCAAUGGCUUCUUAAAAUAGAAAUAAAGCUAAAAUAAGGUGUACUUUGAGACAAAAUAAUCGCAAUCUAUUACGUUAUUUAUAGGCUUGGUUUAUCAUUAAUGUCAGGUCCCUUAGGUGAUGAUGGUGAAAGAUUGGAAGUAAAUUCCUUUUACCCAAGAACCAGAAAUCAGUAUUUAUUAGCAACAGGCUUUUUGACACUAGUAAAUCUGCAUCGUACGUGGACGCUUUCAUCAAAUAAUUGUAAGGACCAGUUUUACAAUAUGUCAACGUCUUUAGAGUUUUCAACGUUGGGUAUAAAAGCUCGUGGGCAAAGAAAAGAAGACCAAAUUCACUGUAGUAUUCUGGAGUUGCAGAAUUCAAGAUCCAUAAGGCUGAGGACACGCAGAAUAAUCAAAGGAUGGUUGCUCAGCUAAGAGCAGCUGUUGGCCGAUUUAAAAAGUUAGAGGUCUUAUACAUUGUUGUCUGCUUAUGCUUACAGUUUAUGAGCGAUGUUUCUGCUGUUGAUAGUGUUCCUAAGAAUGUACAAUCAUCUGCUUAUCUUAAAGGCUCCAUUCAUAAUAUGCCAAAUAAAUCUGCUAAUCAGAAAAAUUUUGAAACCAAUGAAAAAUUACUGGCAAGAAAAUCUAGAGCAACGCAAGAAGUUGAUCUAUCAUCGAUGUCUUAUGAAGAUGGAAAAGAAUCAGAAACAAUAAACAAAUUCCCUUACUUGAGUGACGAAAAUUCAGAAAUUACUUCAGAAAGAAUAUCUGAAAGAAAUGCCAUCAUACCAUUCCCUCGACCUGGUAGAUCAAAAGUUGAUCCAAAUUUAAUAAUGCCAUAUCCCGAUUCUUGGUUAAUGCCAUAUUUACCUAAAAUACAAAAUGAAAUGAAUGAAGUUAGCACACCUGUGUUAGACGAUGAAGAAGAAUUUAGUGACUCCGAAUAUUUAUCGGAAGAAACAGAUAAGGAAAAUUCAAUUACAUAUGAGGAAGUCAUUUCGCCAGGUGAUGACGAAUUUAAAUUUGAUUCAAUUACCGAACGUCAAGCAGAUAGCAAUGGAACAGUCAUACCUUAUCCGAGGUUAGGUAAACGGAAUAUAAAUUUAUCAGAGAAAGAUGCAUCUAAAUUUAAUCAAAACACUUCAACAAGAGUUAAGCGAACAACGGACUCAAUGAUCCCCCAGAUUAGAUAUGGUCGUUCAACUCAGCGUAAUAAGUUAUCUAAAACAGAGCAAUCAUUGUAUAUUUUACCUAACUAUCGACCAGGCAGAUCUUCAAAUGGCAUUGGGAAAUAUUUCAAGUAUGAUAAAAGCACUAAACCAGGAAUUUUACCUUAUCCGAGACCAGGUAGGUCUGAUGGUGAAACUGUUAAACGUCAAACCUACAUAUUACCUCAACCCAGAUUCGGUAGAUCCUUAAUUGGAAAUAAAGAUAUUGAAAAAGUAAACAUGAUUCUAAAAUCAAGUCCUCAAAAAACCGAUAAAUUAACAGGAGAACUAUUUCAACCAGAAGAAUCACAAUUGUUUCUAAUUCCUUACCCACGACCUGGAAAGCGGUUUUUCGGUACUAAACCUUUACCACCAAAUGUAAACUUACAGACUAAAGACAAAGAAUAUGUUUCUGACGAGGAUAUCGCUGAUAAAGAACAAGCUGUGGCCACUUUCCUUGUACCUUAUCCUAGGCCUGGUCGAUCAGAAUCAGAUAAACAAUAUCUUAUACCAAAUGCAAGGUUUGGUAAAGCUGCUUCAGACAGUAUGUUACCUUUACCAAGAUAUGGCCGUUCAGUCAGCAAAAAUAAUAUUUUACCGUAUCCUAGACCAGGGAGAUCAGAAACUUUGUUACCCCAAGCUCGUUUUGGUAGGUCCAAUAUUUUACCAUAUCCAAGACCCGGAAGGUCUUCUUUCUCUGUUUUUCCAUAUCCUAGACUUGGAAGGUCUUCCUCUUCAGUUUUACCAUAUCCUAGAUUAGGUCGUGCAUCCUCCUUCACUUCAGUAAUUCCUCAAUUGAGAGUAGGUAAAUCAUCUUCUUUUAUGAUUCCUCAAGCGAGAGUAGGUAAAUCAUCUUCUUUUAUGAUUCCUCAAAUGAGAGUAGGUAAAUCAUCUUCUUCUUUUAUGAUUCCUCAGAUGAGAGUAGGCAAAUCAAGUAAUUCUUUGCUGAGCCUCCUUGAAGAUGAAAAUAAAGAACUGCUGCUUCAUGGAAUGUCAGAAGAUAACGAUCUAAACCUUUCAGACGAAGAAGUUCAACAGUUACAGAAACCAAGUAGCGAGCCUAGCGAUUUUCAAACUCCCUCUGAAACUAACUUAUUAAAAUCAGCUGUUCUAAUUCCUGCCAAGAAAUUACAAAAACACAUGCUCACUUUUGAAUCAAAUUAUAUGCUACCUUAUCCAAGACCAGGACGUUUUGUUUAAUUAAACUUGUUGCCCUUGUUACAAUUUUAUUAAUAAUUAUAAAAAUAAGCAAAGCUAUGAAA